GGCUCCGGAGCGGACCAAUCAGAGAGCUCCAGGGGCGGGGCUUGGACGUCCGGUCUCCCAGCUCUAUAAAUAGCCCGUGCGCCCCCAGUCAACAUGAGAUCACACGGAGAGCGAGCAGCUGGGUGUAACUGGGACAUAAACAAAAACGAAAUUCAGGUGAACCAUGGCACGUACCAAGCAGACCGCUCGUAAAUCCACCGGAGGAAAGGCGCCCAGGAAGCAGCUCGCCACCAAGGCUGCCAGGAAAAGUGCGCCCUCUACCGGCGGUGUGAAGAAGCCGCACAGAUACAGGCCUGGCACUGUGGCUCUGCGAGAGAUCCGUCGGUACCAGAAGUCCACAGAGCUGCUCAUCAGGAAGCUGCCCUUCCAGCGUCUUGUCAGGGAGAUUGCCCAGGACUUCAAGACAGAUCUCCGCUUUCAGAGUGCAGCGAUUGGCGCUCUACAGGAAGCCAGCGAGGCGUACCUGGUCGGUCUGUUUGAGGACACCAACCUGUGCGCUAUCCAUGCCAAGAGGGUCACAAUCAUGCCCAAGGAUAUUCAGCUGGCCAGGCGAAUUAGAGGAGAGCGUGCAUAAUCUUAAAGUUAUCUUCAGCUAUCUUUUUAGGGGUUGUGGGUGGGACUGGCUGGGUUUUUUGAAUUGUAUAAAUCUCAACUAUUAACAGCAUGUGUAAAAUCUGGUUUCAUUUGUAGGUUCAGGGAGUUUUUUUCCCUUGUCAUUUAUUUUCUAAUUGUUAUUUCCCCCUUGAUUCUGUGCUUUAUUGUCCUGAUCACUGUAGGAUAGAGCUUGAUUUGUACGUAAAUGCUAAAAUGUAUGCAAAAUAUCCCCCUGCCUUUCUCAGGUUUCGAAAAUCUAUUUUAGGAUCUUUUACCUUUUAACCGUUUGUGCAUGUUGUAGGAUCUGUCAACAUUGUUGUAAAUAAACGUUUUCCGCUACCUCAA